CUCUCUUCUCAUAAGAUUGGCUGUUUUCCUCUUCAGUCUCGCGUCGUUUGCACCUUUUCCUCGACAUCCAACUCUUCCCUUCCCUUUCCUUUGUUUGCUGCUAACUUUUAUCGUCUUGUUUGACUCGUUUCAGUUCUGAAGAAGCUUCACCAUCAACUUAGAGACAAUGAAUUCUGCAACUUGGAUCACUUCCCUCUCGUGUUCUUCCCCUGUAAAACGAGCCCCAGGAGUUACGUUCCUUUCAACUCUACCUCAAUGGCUACAAUUUUUCUUCCUCUCUCCAUGUUUUCAGAGAGCCCUAUGGUCCGCCAUUGAUGCUAUGCUCAUCCUCGUUCUCUUCGUGCUUGCCAUCAAGAAGCUCUCUUCCAAAUUCACCACUAAUGGCGGCGAUCCGACAUCAGAACUUGACAAGCCUCUUAUCAGACAUAACAGUGCUUUCAUCAGAACAACAAUGUGGUUUAAGCUAACUCUAAUUGUGACGGUUGCUUUGACUAUAUUGUAUGCUGUUGCGAGUUUUCUGGCAUUUGUAAGAGACGCUCAAGUCUCAUGGAAGCUAGUUGAUGGAUCGUUUUGGAUAGUUCAAGCUCUGACUCAUGUGGUUCUCACGAUCUUAAUCAUUCAUGAAAAGAGAUUUCAAGCUGUUUCUCACCCAAUACCACUUCGAAUCUUUUGGAUUGCAAACUUCAUUGUCACUUCUUUGUUCGUCGUUUCUGGGGUUGUACGUUUGGUCUCUGAGCAUGAAGGUGGCUUUGAGUUUAAGAACGAUGAUACCGUUUGUUUCAUUUCCUUUCCUCCAUCACUUUUGCUUUUUCUUGUUGCCAUUAAAGGAUCUACAGGCAUCAGCUUCUCACAGGAAACUGAGUCUCUAAUCGAUAGGGAAACUGAUAUCAAAUCCAACGUCACUGGUUUUGCCUCAGCUUCUUUAGCAUCCAAGGCCUUCUGGUUAUGGAUAAAUCCAUUGUUGAGUAAAGGGUACAAGUCAUCUUUGAAGAUGGAUGAAGUCCCGUCACUUUCGCAAGAACAUAGAGCUGAAAGAAUGUCAGUAUUGUUUGAACAGAAAUGGCCUAAGCCACAAGAAAGGUCGAAGCAUCCUGUUCUAACCACAUUGCUUCGAUGCUUCUGGAAGGAAGUAGUAUUCAUUGCUUUCCUUGCAAUUGUUAAACUCAGUGUUGUGUUCAUAGGUCCAGUUCUCAUCCAAAGGUUCGUUGAUUUCACGGGAGGUAAGAGAAGCUCUAUAUAUGAAGGGUACUACCUUGUGCUAAUCCUUGUCAUUGCAAAAUUCACAGAAGUUUUAACUGUUCACCAUUUCAACUUCAAUUGUCAGAAGCUAGGAAUGCUAAUCCGAUGCAGUCUCAUUACCUCAUUGUACAAGAAAGGGCUAAGGCUGUCAUGUUCUUCACGGCAAGACCACAGUAUUGGAACUAUAGUGAAUUACAUGGCUGUGGAUGCACAACAACUUUCUGAUAUGAUGCCGCAGCUUCAUUUUAUCUGGAUGAUGCCAAUUCAAGUUGGAAUUUCCUUGUUCCUGCUUUACAAAUACUUAGGUGUGACUGUGGUCACAGCUUUACUUGGAAUUGUGGGUGCUCUUGUGUUUGUCGUGUUUGGUACUCAAAGAAACAAUCAAUUCCAAUUCAAUGUGAUGAAGAAUCGUGAUUCAAGAAUGAAAGCUGUGAAUGAAAUGCAAUACGUGAGAGUGAUCAAGUUCCAAGCAUGGGAAGAGCAUUUCAAUAGGAGGAUUAUGGGUUUUCGUGAGUCAGAAUUUAGUUGGCUUUCUAAGUUCAUGUAUUCAAUGUCUGGGAAUAUCAUUGUGAUGUGGAUCACGCCACUAUUGAUAUCAACUCUAACAUUUGGGACAGCAAUUUUGCUUGGAGUUCCACUUGAUGCAGGGACAGUUUUCACCACAACAACAAUCUUUAAAAUAUUACAGGACCCUCUUAGGACGUUUCCACAAUCAAUGAUCUUUCUUUCACAAGCAAUGGUAUCACUUGGGAGAUUGGAUAGGUAUAUGAUGAGUAAGGAAUUAUCAGAUAAUUUAGUAGGGAAGGAGGAAUGUUGUGGGGGGCAAACUGCUGUGGAGGUGAAAGAUGGCAUCUUUAGCUGGGAUGAUGAUAGUAAAGGGGACUAUGACUUGAAAAAUAUUAGUUUGGAUAUAAAAAGGGGUGAACUUACAGUUAUUGUUGGGACCGUGGGCUCUGGAAAAUCUUCUCUCCUGGCAUCCAUUCUUGGUGAGAUGCACAAAAUAUCUGGGACGGUUCGGGUUAAUGGAAGUAUUGCGUAUGUAGCCCAAACAUCAUGGAUUCAAAAUGGGACAAUCCAAGAUAACAUCCUGUUUGGAUCACUAAUGGACAGACAAAAGUACAGUGAAGUUGUGAGAGUUUGUUGCUUGGACAAGGACUUGGAAAUGAUGGAGGAUGGGGAUCAAACAGAGAUUGGAGAGCGUGGCAUCAAUCUUAGCGGAGGACAGAAGCAGCGAAUCCAACUUGCUAGGGCUGUAUAUCAAGACUGUGAUAUCUAUCUUCUUGAUGAUGUCUUCAGUGCUGUUGAUGCUCAUACUGGCUCUGCAAUAUUCAAGGAAUGUGUUAGGGGAGCUUUAAAAGGGAAGACUGUUGUUCUUGUAACACAUCAAAUAGACUUCUUGCAUAACGUUGAUCUUAUAAUGGUGAUGAGAGAUGGAAUGAUAGUCCAAUCUGGGAAGUAUAAUGAUCUUUUAAAUUCUGGAAUGGAUUUUGGAGAUCUGGUAGCAGCACAUGAGACAUCCAUGGAACUUGUAGAACAAGGCAAAGACAUGCCUGGUGAGAAUUCCCCUAGACUAUCCAAAUCUCCCAGGUCUCCAAAGCCAACUUCCAGUUUUAGAGAAACCAAUGGUGAAAGUUAUUCUCUUGACCAACCCAAGGCCAGCAAGGAAAAUUCUAAACUCAUUAAAGAUGAAGAAAGGGAAACUGGCAAAGUGAGCUUGCAUAUAUAUAAAUUAUAUUUCACUGAGGCUUAUGGGUGGUGGGGCAUUAUAGGAGUAAUUCUCAUUUCUUUGUUAUGGCAAGCUUCUUUGAUGGCUGGUGAUUAUUGGUUGGCAUAUGAAACCUCAGAAGAGGAAGCUCGAAUCUUUAACCCGUCUCUAUUCAUCUCCAUGUACGCCAUUAUUGCUUCAGUUUCACUUGUCAUGCUGAUUAUAAGAUCCUUCUCUGUUACCAUCUUGUGGCUUAAGACGGCACAAAUUUUCUUCUCUCAGAUUCUUAAUUGCAUCCUGCAUGCACCUAUGUCUUUCUUUGACACUACCCCUUCUGGAAGAAUUUUAAGUAGGGCAUCCACCGAUCAGACUAAUGUCGAUGUCUUUAUCCCAGUUUUUAUGGGUCUUGUGAUUCACUUUUACACCACAGUACUUGGCAUCUUCAUCGUGACAUGUCAAAAUUCAUGGCCUACAGUUUUCUUGCUGAUUCCUCUUAUUUGGUUGAAUAUAUGGUAUCGGGGUUAUUUCCUUUCAUCAUCUCGUGAGUUGACUCGCUUGGAUUCAAUAACAAAAGCACCUGUUAUUCAUCACUUCUCAGAAAGCAUUUCAGGGGUCAUGACCAUCCGUGCAUUCAAAAAGCAAAGGAAAUUUUGUGAAGAAAAUGUCAAACGAGUGAAUGAAAAUCUUCGUAUGGAUUUCCACAACAAUGGUUCCAAUGAGUGGUUGGGUUUUCGCUUAGAAUUGCUUGGAAGCUUGGUCUUCUGUAUUUCUACUUUGUUCAUGAUUAUGUUACCCAACAAUAUCAUAAAGCCAGAAAAUGUUGGCUUAUCCCUCUCUUAUGGGUUGUCCUUGAAUGCUGUGUUGUUCUUGGCUAUAUACAUGGGUUGCUUCAUUGAGAACAGAAUGGUAUCUGUUGAGAGGAUCAAGCAGUUCACAAAAAUUCCGUCAGAAGCAUCGUGGCAUAUUCAAGAUCUCCUACCUCCUCCGAGCUGGCCUGCCCAUGGCAAUGUUAAUAUCAAAGACUUGCAGGUUAGGUAUCGUCCCAACACUCCUUUGGUUCUUAAAGGCAUCAGUUUAAGCAUUAGCGGGGGAGAAAAGAUUGGUGUUGUUGGUCGAACAGGAAGUGGAAAGUCAACUUUUAUCCAAGUUUUCUUCAGGCUGGUUGAACCUUCAGGAGGUGGAAUAAUCAUUGAUGACAUCGACAUAACCGCCUUAGGCCUUCACGAUCUCAGGUCUCGUUUUGGCAUCAUUCCCCAGGAACCUGUUCUUUUUGAGGGCACUGUCAGAAGCAAUGUUGACCCCACUGGACUGUAUUCAGAUGAAGACAUAUGGAAGAGCUUGGAACGUUGUCAACUAAAAGAUGUUGUGGCUUCCAAGCCUGAGAAACUUGACUCUUUAGUGGUUGAUAAUGGAGAGAAUUGGAGCGUGGGGCAGAGGCAGUUAUUGUGUCUGGGGAGGGUUAUGCUGAAGAGAAGUCGUCUCUUGUUCUUGGAUGAAGCAACAGCUUCUGUGGAUUCACAAACUGAUGCUGUGAUUCAAAAGAUAAUCAGAGAGGACUUUUCAGCAUGCACCAUCAUUAGCAUUGCUCACAGAAUACCAACAGUCAUGGACUGUGAUAAGGUUUUGGUCAUCGAUGCUGGACGAGCAAAAGAAUUUGAUAAACCCUCCAAGUUGCUCCAGACGCCAUCAUUUUUUGGGGCGUUAGUUCAAGAAUAUGCCAACCGCUCCUCCGAACUCUGAAAGGCUUCCAUUUUGGCUUCAAGAUUCCCAAGUAUUGGAAUUGGUGAGGAAUCAGUUAAGGGCAGAGGGGAGGAAGCUUGUGAGGCCAGAAAAGUUUGAUUCUAGACUGUAAUGUCUCUGUAUUUUAUUUUGUAAAAAUAGAAUACAUUGAUUGCUCCCGUAAGUAUACGGGGUCAUAGUAAUAUAUUACCUCAAAUAUUUUAGGUGUCGAA